UAAAAACAAAAUGAAAUGAAAUGAAAUGAUGAAUCAAAAGACCAAACAAACGGAAAACCAGCAGAGCACGCAACAACCCCCUUGAAAUUCUUCAUCCUCUCCUCUAAAUUUCAUCAAUCUCUUCAUCAAUUAAUCUCUCAUAUAUAUAUAUAUAUAUAUAUACAACAAGGAACCUGCAAAUAUGAUGAAAAUCGAGAAUAUGAUGGAGAAGAAGGUGCUGGAAGAUAUUAUUCGAAGACUUUUGGAAGGAAAAGGCGGGAAACAAGUGCAGUUAUCGGAGUCAGAGAUUCGUCAGUUAUGCAUCAACGCCAGACAGAUCUUCCUUUCGCAGCCUAUUCUUCUUCAUCUUCGUGCUCCUAUCAGGAUUUGUGGUGAUAUACAUGGACAAUACCAAGAUCUAUUGAGGCUUUUUGAAUACGGUGGCUAUCCUCCCUCUGCAAACUACCUCUUUCUUGGCGAUUAUGUUGAUCGAGGCAAGCACAGUUUGGAGACGAUAUGUUUAUUGCUUGCGUACAAGAUACGCUAUCCUGAUAAAGUGUUCCUCUUAAGAGGAAACCAUGAAGACCCCAAAAUCAAUCGCGUGUAUGGAUUCUAUGAUGAAUGUAAAAGGAGAUUUAAUGUGCGUCUUUGGAAGAUAUUCACUGAAUGCUUUAACUGUUUGCCUAUUGCUGCAUUAGUUGAUGAAAAGAUCCUUUGCAUGCAUGGUGGACUUUCACCUGAGCUUGAGAAUUUAAGUCAAAUUGAGGAAAUUGAAAGGCCUACAGAAAUCCCAGAUAAUGGACUUUUGUGUGAUUUACUGUGGUCUGAUCCUACUCAAACAGAGGGCUGGUCAGACAGUGAUCGAGGUGUUUCAUGUACUUUUGGAGCUGAUGUAGUUUAUGAAUUUCUUAAGAAGAACGGUCUGGACCUUAUUUGCAGAGGUCAUCAGGUGGUAGAGGAUGGCUACGAGUUUUUUGCCCAAAGAAGACUUGUUACAAUAUUUUCAGCUCCAAACUACGGGGGAGAGUUUGAUAACGCAGGUGCACUAUUGAGUGUUGAUGAAUCGUUAAUGUGCUCUUUCGAGAUCUUGAAGCCACUUGAUAAUUUGCAAAAACCAGGCACUUCUAAGGGGCCUCUUAAAAAGCCACCCAAACUGGGAACCGCGUAAUGGAGUUUGUGCUUAUUAGAAUAAACUAGUUUGGUAAUUGCUGGAACUUGAACAAGGGUCACAUCUCGGGGUGGUGUUUUGAGAGGUUCAAAGCAUGACCCGACCCGUUAGAUCUGUAAUCUUAGUCUCUAAUAUGAACCUUGUCUACAGGAACUGAGUUUUUGCUCUGGCUGUAAUCAAAUACCCUUUUAGGUUUAGAAGUAUACCUUUUUUAGGUUUUGCCAUCAACAAGUGAGUAGCUGAUAUCAGUUAUGAUUUUAAAUUUUUUUUCUUUGUGGAGAUGAUUUAUGGCCUCUUGGGAUCUGGAUGUUUGACCUUUUCAGUUAGUUUAAUUUGAUGAUCCAUUGGCUUGAAUC